UCAACUACUACUACUAGUAACAUAGACAAUUAGCCCCUGCAGCUCCACUAUCAUCUCAAGAUGAAGCAACUACUUGUACUGUUAGGACUAUUAGUGCUCAGCACUGAAGCCUGGAACCCUAAAACCCGCUACUUCUACUGGAACGUUGCCCGGGAUGUGCAGGUUAUUGAAGGAAGGACUCUGAUCGUGAACACAAUCAACGGGAGGAUCAAAGGACCUGCUAUCUUCGCUAAACAGGGCGACUUCUUGUCAGUGAAAAUAACGAACAACCUGCCAGAUGCUGGACUGUCUAUACAUUGGCAUGGGAUGGAAAUGAGGGAUUACCAGCUAUACGACGGACCAGUGGGACUAGUGCAGUGCUCCCUGGCCCCUGGGGAGAGUAUGACCUACAAGUUCAAGGUGCAGGAGCACCCUGGUACCUACUGGUACCACACCCACGCCGAGAUGUUCCCGUCCGGUCACGACAUGGUGAGGGGCCCUAUCGUAGUGCUGCCUGAGGACGGACCUGUGUAUCCCUCCCAUCUUAUUGAUAACUACGAUUACACCCACCUGAACGAAAGAGUCCUCUUCUACCAGGACUUCUACCCUAACUAUAUAGCUCACGAUUACCUGAUGGGACUCGGUGACCUCAGAGAGUUGGGUGGAUUUAACGCGGAGGGAGGGAUUGCUCUCACUGCACCUUGGAGUGGGGGCUGUCUGAACGGAGGAGAAGAGAAGGGUUUCAUGCAGUUUGAGAACGGAGAGUACAGGUUCAGGCUAGCUAACGGAGGGAGCACCACCCCAAUGCUCUGGAGUAUUGACGGGUACAGCUUCAAAGUAGUCGCUGCUGACGGUACUGAUGUGGAGCCGUAUGAAGUGGACCAGAUUCAGAUCCAUCUCGGAGAAAGGUACGAUGUACUGGUUAACUUCAACGUAGACGCACCUCAGAACGUGUGGAUGAGAGGGGCUGCCACUGCAGUGACCAACCCAGCAGCAGUAAUACUCACCACUCUCCAACUCAGACCUGACAACUCCUUCGAGUAUCUGGAGGGACCAGCCACCAGCUCUCCUAACCCCGACCCAGUCCUGAUGAACUGCAACUACUUUGGAGAGCAGGAGAAAUGUGUGUCCGUAACCGCGCUCAAGUCGAAAGCAGAUGAGUUCAAGACACGUCCUUUACUUGACGACACUGAGCUUCACACUGCUGACUUCUUCUUCUCUCUACCCCCUGUGUACGGAUACUUCUUCUCACUUGACGGAGGCACCUACACCCAGAAUGCACUGCCUCACCAUCCAAUAGCAUACCCUGACUUCGACAACGAGAAAGACAUGAACCCCCACACCAACGUGCUUAACCUUGCUUUGGAUAAGACUGUGACUAUAGUUCUCAGGAACGGAGCAGGCAUAGCCCAUCCCAUCCAUCUCCACGGCCACAAGUUUGAGGUGCUGGAAGAGAUCUCCCGUGCAAAACCAAACUGUUUCGGAGGACAAUGCCCGCUACCUGACCUGGAGACCGGCUUCUCAGCCCCCAUCUCCGAGCUAGCUAAGAGGGAGACGCGAGGAGUUCUGAAGGACGUGAUCAUCGUCCCGAUGUUCGGAGCAGCAGUAGUAAGGUUCAACACUGACAAUCCCGGCGUGUGGUUCGCUCACUGUCAUUUCGACGAGCACGUGGACAGUGGACAGGGUUUCGUAAUGAACGAGGGUAACUGGAAGGCGGCCAAGGUCCCCGCGGACUUCCCCUCGUGCGACUACACUGGACGUCUCCAGCACAUGACCAGUGAGCUGUGUACUUGUGAUCCGGAGGAGCUGGACCCUACUUGGCUCUGUUCCAAGGACUACAUGUGUCAAUGGACCCGACGCAGGUCCUUCGGACACUAGAAAAUGUAACGACAUUUCAAGAAGUAGAUGAUUGGUUGCAGCAACCUUUACAUGCCGUCCAUCUUUUACAAGAGACGGUGAAGAUGAGAACAAGUGAAAUAUUCCUAUGUUCCAAAAUUUGGUUCAGUUUGAUUUUCUGCAUUUAAA